AUGGUGCCUCGCAGAAGGCAUCGGCUAUCAGGUAGACAAACUGGCACCGAAUUUUCAAAUUUGGGUAAGUGAGAUCACAGCAUAAAAUCCUAUAUCUAAGGCAUUCUCACUUUAUACAUUCUGUAAUAGUAUUCCUUAAAGGAGCCCAUACAAACUUGUUCUUACACUUCAUCUCUUGAGUUUCAUAUUGUCCCUACUCACUCAAUUUUGUGGCUGAAAAAAAAUGUUGUACUAUAGUUAUUUUUACUAUUUCAAAACCGUUCAUAAAUAAAUUUAUCUCAUUUCCUACUGCUUCAUUUAUUAUCAAAGUAUUGAAAAUCGGCAUCAAAAGGGAAUAUGACUUGUAUAAUACUAACACCAUCAAACGAUUCCCUACCAUACAAGAGGAGUCCUCCCUAACAGUUUGACAUCUCACAAUGGCAUAAAGCUUUACAAUUGACUAAACAGUCGUCGAAAAGCCUUUUGUCCCUACUCAGCAAACAGUAAAAUUAUCAGACGCUGGUAUUUGGUCCCGCAUACUGUCCCAAAUCUAUAAAAAUGUACAACAUACUGGCGAUGUGCAUGUGGGUACUAAACAACAUGUCUUUUGGGACUGGACUGUACUAAAAUAAUUUUGUCAGCAAAUCCAAACUGUCCUCGUAAAGGUGUCCAAACUCACCCUUCCUCUUAGGUCAUAAUAUUACAUACUCCACCUUAUCUGUAACUUAGAAGCGCUGCCCCAUUAAACAGUGAUUCAAAACCUAUUAAUUGCAGCAAAAACUAGUAUUGACUUUCAAUGGAAAAAACAAGGAAGCCCCAUCAAUAAAAUAAGUUUUAAAUAGACUCAACUCUGCUUUCCUAUGUGAGAAAAUAGCAUUUAGUCUGCAGGGCAAACAAGACAAAACACACUAAAAUAUGGAAUGUGGUAUGGCGGCUGAUUGACAGUGAAAGAUCUAUGCCUCUGUUUAGGGUAAAUUAAUAUAUUUGCAAUAACUGAUAUUGCAGAUACAUCCCACUAUAUGUCUUCAUAUGCUCAAAGUAUUAAGCUUAUGUAUCAAAUGUGCUGUUGGUUUUAAAUGAUCUUAUACUAAUUCAAUCUGCAUAAGAGGUAGGAUGAUGUGCCUCUAUUUGAAGUUAUAUUGUGUUUUGUAUUCUGUAUUUUCUUAAAAUUUCCUUUUCAACCCUGUAAUUCACAUGGAGUGCAUACUUUACAAUUUAUACCUCACGCUCCCAUUUAGAGACUAACACCCAUCUCUGAUUACAUUGUCUGGAUGUUGCAUCAAUAUUAAUUGAUCUUUGAACAAUUGUACAACUACAGUAUUUCCAUAGUUGCCUCUUUAAUAUCUCAAGAUGUUCGGUAUUACAUAAUUGAAAUGUAACUCUUACUAUGUGAUCGACUCCAUUGGCCAAUCUGUGAAAUGCUCAGUUAUUGAAAAAUCUAAUAAAGAUCAUAUAUUGUAAAAAAAAAGAAAUAUUGAAAACCAUUCACAUAUAUGUUAUUUACGAAUUUAAUUUACUUUUUUCAGGGCCAAGAGUUGAUGACGUAGUAGACUUAACCCUUGAUGAUGAAGGUGAAGGCCGGCAGGCUCAGAUUAUCGACCUGGCUGGCGAUGAUGCGGAAGAUAUCGUACAGCCUGAGAUUAUUGAUCUAACAGGUGAAGAAGCUGUUCAAGAAGAACAGUCUGAGAUAAUUGAUCUGACAGGCGAAGACAGCAAUGAUAUGCCUGCAGUUAGCAUGGCAGUAAGAGGAAGGAGUAGACAAGAGCUCCGCAGAAGAGAACUUGACCAGCGUGUGUGCGCAAGAGAAAGGUCCAGAAGCCGCUCCCCUCUCCGUUCACCUGCACGUCUAUCAAGAGAGGAGUUAGCUUGGAUACAUCAACCGGGCAGAUAUUUCAGGCCCAGUGAGAUGCCACUAACAGAAGUAAGGGCGGUAGGAAGUCGCACUGUGACGGGACAAGAAACGCCAGGCACCUGCAGCAUCUGCCUGAUGGAUUACGAAAGCGGGCAGAACUUAAUUGCGCUUCCCUGCUGCCAUGAAUUUCAUCGCCAGUGCAUCAUGACAUGGCUGCAGCAUGAUGCCAUAUGCCCACUUUGCCGGGGCCGACUUUUUGAGGGAAAUGACAACAACCUUUCUCUGAUGCAAGUUUAUUCUGGUCCUGCAUAUACUCCAAAUGGCAGCGUGUACAUCACCUCUCCACGUGCCAGGUACCUUGAUUGA